AUUUCGAAACCUGUUCGGACGAUCAGCCGAACUGGAAGCGGGCACGAAAGCUUCUCCGAGGAUGUGGUUGUGAACCAAGAAGUUACGGAGCGGAAUGGCACGGCAAGCGCUAAAAAGCGCCACCAGACAGGAAAUAGACGCCGACGCGGCGGUAAGGCGGGAGCACGGAGAAAUAAGCGGCCGCCUUUAUGGCAGGUUGCGCCGCACGACGAAAGUAAAUUGACAGGAGAUCAGGUAGGAGCGAGUAGAGGUGCACCAAGUGGAGGAAACAGAAAUAUGCUCGGUCCUCAAGAUCAACAAGAACAACUUGGGACUGCAUCUAAAAGUUCAACUGCAACGUCUCUUUUUUUGACUACUGGAAAAAAUGGAGCUGCUUUCGCACCAGGUUCUAGAAGUGCAUUUGAAAGGGACAAACACGCCAAGAGAACUAUUGCGCCAGGCGCAGAAACUUUUUCAGAAGCCGCCGGUCUGACGUUGUCAAACAAUGCAAAACUUAUGCGGCAGCGCAAGCCUCUACCUGGCGCGUACGUCAGAGAGCUGAAGUCGCUUUUUUCGCAUGGGAACUUCGACACUCAGUAUCAUAAACGUCGGGAGCGAUUCCAGAGGAUUGAUUCUCGGAUUUUGGCUUUGUUAGAACAUUGCGCUGGGGGGACGUCUGCGGAGGCGUACAUUGCUCAAGACCUAUUUUUUGGGAAAGCGGUGCUGGACAUAGGGUGCGGGCAAGGAAACUGCGUGUUCGCGCUUGCAGCUUUUUGCAACGCGAAGAGCGUGACGGGCCUCGACUUGGACUUGAAUUCUAUCAAGACGGCACUGAAAACGCUGCGAAGCGUCAAGCAGAAUGGACUUUCCUUUUAUGAGGAUGCAGGGCUGCCAGAUGAGCUUUCAAAAACGACCGGAGGAAAGCGAAAACUGGACGAAGUGGAUAUUUUCCAGCAUGGUGAAGGGGGUCCCUUGAAAAUGCCACGUGUUUUAACGAUUAACGAAGACAAACGUGUUGCAACUACCGGAAACGAAGAAGAAAAACUCGGUGCUGCGAAGCAGGGCCACGCAUCAGAUGAGAGCAAAGAAGAAGAAGGAGGCGAGCAGAAGCGUUUUGCUGGACGGGAUUUUUUUGCUUCAUUAGGACUCAAGAAGGUGCUACAAGAGAGACGCGCAGCGGCAGCAGCGCGCAGCUCUUCGUCAGCCGCUGGAGUGCCACAGCCUGAGGGGAGAGCGGGUGCUGAAGCGCGAGAACCGAAUGCAGAAGAGAAUCGCGCAACAAAACGACAGCGAGUGGAGAAGGCGCUGAAGGACACUGAUGGAGCAACGCCACCAGCAAUAGCGCCAGGAGUAUUUCCCCGACCGUCAGAGGACUUGCUUAAGUCUGGAAACCUAUGUGGCGCUGGACCGGCGCUUGUUCAGGCUUUCAAAGACGAUAUAUUUGAGAAUCUUCGACAGCAGCGGGGCCCUGACGCUGAAGCAAAGAGCGCCCUCGCAGAGAAUGCGACCUAUCCACGAGUGCUUGUGGAGACGCGGGGCGUGAUUAACGUUGUUCAGAAGCCAUGGCUGGUCGAAGAAAUGUUGCCUAUGGCCGUUGUGCCAGAGAGAUCGACAACUGAGAUCGAGCAAAACAAGAGUACAACGGCUCCAAGAGCCAAGGCCAAACAAGCUGAAGUUAUGCUGAUUCGUCGGGGCUCAGAUUACGAUUUUCCGUACAAUAUGGAGUUUCGAACGGAGGACUUCACGGCGGAGACUUCAGUGGAGGAAGCCCGUUUGCGCGCAGCAGAAGCACAGCAAUGGCCAGAGCGUUGUAGACGAAGCAUUUCUGUUCGUCUAUCAAUCAGUGGUGGAAUAGGAAGACCUAUGAGCAAUUCAGCAGGGGGUCCGUACGACACGAUCUUGUUGUUUUCCGUGACCAAGUAUGUGCAUCUGCAGCGAGGAGAUGAGGGUUUGCGGGUUUUGUUUGAUCGAGUAUAUCGCGUUUUGCGGCCUGGCGGCAUUUUGGUGCUUGAGUACCACCCUAUAUCCGAGUAUUUCAAUGCAAAAGCUCGGAAAGCAGCUGGCUAUGGCUUUCAGCGACGGCCAAAACGAAUAAAAAGUAAGGCCGGGGGUCGUGGGACAGCAACGUCCUCGAAAUCGAGUAUCGAAAUUGCCAACUUGGACGAUGUUGCAAAGGACGGUAUGAAGAUCAGCAACGAUUCGUACGACACCGAAGUCUCAGCUGUUGUGGCGCGACGCCAGGCACUAAGUAAACACAAUGAGGAUUUGAGGCAGCUUGAUGAUGACCACAAGAUCAACCAGUUACAAAUCCUGCCUGAGGAGUUCAAAAAUAUGCUUUGUAAGGACGACAGAUUUGGAAAUGUACAAACAAUUCAUACUCACUUCGGUCCAGGAAGAAAGCACGCACUGAAGCGAAAUCUUUACCUCUUCAGAAAGAAUCAUCCUGAUGAAGACCUAAGACUAUGAUCUUUCUUGCACGUGUAAUUUGUCUUCUCAAUUUGCGCAAACAAAGAGACCUACUUACUUCAAAGUCAUUUGUGACGAAAAGGUCAACUCUUGGGAUAUUACGUCGUUUGUACUAUCCGACGUGGUCUGGGACAUAAUUUUUUCAUAUUUUAGUGUCAUUUGACGACUUUCGCUUUCGCAAUGCGGUAAGCAUACAC